AUGACUUCUCUUUUCCCCCAACGGUCCAAAGCAUCUCGUCUCCUCACUACCUUUCUUCUAGGUUCACCCUUCGUUCUUGUAAGCGCUGAGGUUGUCCUGUACGGCCACAGCUUCCCGGUUCAAGACAUCUUGAAGCUUCCUGCCCACCAGACAUGCCCCGUCUUUUCGGACGGACUCACAUCAACCUCCUUUCCGUGGACGCAUAACCCAACCUGCCUUCAGGCUGCUCUUCCCGAUAGUGAAUCAGCGAAACAAACCUUCUGCGUUUACACAAACAGCCGCUUCGCCAACGAUCGUGGUAUCAGUCUCAUCACCACGCCAGAGGUAGCAACCAGCUAUUUGUUGGAGAGCUUCUCGCAUGAGGAUCAGGAGGAUCGCGGCCAGGAGCCGUACCAAGCACGUGACACAUCUGGCCGUGGCAUCGGACUCUUCGCAAGGAACAAAAUUGAGGCAGGAAAUACUGUCAUCCUGAAGCAUCCUACUGUCAUCAUCUCCAACCAUCUAUUGCACGGCCGUGCAAGCGACGAGCGACACCGACUAUUGGAUCUGGCAUUUAGGCAGCUGCCGGAGAAGACGCAAAAGACACUGGCAGGCCUGGCCAAGAGCAAGGGAGGUCAUGAGCUAGAUGACCUGAUGAAAACAAAUGGAAUGGGAAUGAGACUAGGAGAGGCUGAUACCGUUGGUCACUUGGGCGUUGUGCCUGAAGCAUCAAGGAUCAAUCACGCAUGCCGUCCAAACACUUACUACCGCUUCGACGACUACACGUUGACCCUCAACCUCUACGCCCUGCGGGAUAUCCAGCCUGGCGAGGAACUAACCUACUCCUACGGUUUCUAUGACCGCCCGCAUGAAGAACGCGUCAAGGCUCUCAGGGAGCAUUGGGGAUUCACGUGUACAUGUAGCCUCUGCUCUUCCUCGGCAGAGAACAUUUCCAAGUCCGACCAACGUCUCAAGGACAUCAAGGACAUUAGAGACAACCUGCCCACAGGCUUUGAAAAUGUCCCGCAAUUCAUCGCGCUGCUCCCCAACCUUGUCAAUCUCAUGGAUGAGGAAGGCCUUGUCAUCGAGAGGCCCAUGUAUGAGGAGAUCCUCGCCUACUCAUGGAGUGUCCUGGGUAUAGAGCAGAGGGCGAAACAUUGGGCUGGGCGGGCACGACGGGAUUGGGAGAUCAUUGCUGGGAAGAAUAGCUAUGAGGCGAGGAGGACAGCGCAGAUGGAGAUGGAUGUUAAAGCACAUCAGACGUGGGCUACUUGGGACAAGGAUCCCUGGGAUGAUAGCGUCUGGGAGGAUGAUCAUCAUGCCGAAGAUGAUGGUCAUCACCACUGA